AUGCCACAAGAAUUCUUACACUCAGACCUGGACGUCGAGGCUCACGCGGCUUUUACGGUGAUGCCGUACAUUUCUCCUUCACAAACCUCGCCCACCGCUGGCAUCACCCUCAAACUAUCGUCAUCAUGGACGUACUGCGGACCGCUGCUGAAUCUACCGCUCCAAAAUCCCCCGCCCUCAUUCUACACGUGGUCCGAACAAACCGUAACUGGCUCCAUCCUUCCCGCUCUCACCCAGUUUAUCAGCUUCGCCAACGAAUUCCUCCUCAAAAACAACCUCUCCCACUACUGGCUCACGAUCAAGGCUUCUAGAGGAACAGACGAAUUUGAUAUGCCGCGAUGGCAUACCGAUGACCUGUUUUAUAGCAAGGGCGACGAGGACCCCAUCACCAAGCUACGUGAAACGAAAUGGAAACUCGCUACAACUCUGCUAGGCCCCAGCACACUCUUCUUAACCUCCCCUGCCCGCGCACGCUCCAUCCACAACCGAAUAAAACAAUCAGUCUGCGAUGAAAGUAAGAAACACCUCUGUGCGCCUGUUCGAUGUGUCGGGUGCGCCACAGCUGCGGAAUCGGUGCGCCUGCGUUUGGCUGAAGAAUUCCGAGACCACGGAUACGUACAGGCGGGUCCGGGAGAGUGUACAUUUUUCCGCGUUGGGGACGAUGAGGGGGCGGUACACUCAGAACCUCCGUCCCAUGGUGAUCGGAUAUUUGUGAAUGUGGUGCCGGGGCGGGAGGAGGAGCUAAAAGAGAUCAUGAAGAAAUGGGUAUGGGACCAGUCGGGAUACGUGGGAAUGUUGAGUUGA